CCCAUGAUGGAGUAACAGGCUACAAUAACGGGAAUAAAGACAAGGUUUACAGAAAGCAAAUGUCCACAGGAACAGGAGGCCACAUUCCUAAAGUUCAGCCCUAUCAAACAAAAUCAGACAGUAACGGGAAGACGCAAAGAUGUUUAUCUCAGAUCUGAAACCUGAAACUCAACAUUAAGGGCUUCAAGCAACAACACGUACAUUUGCUGUUCCUUCACUUCUUUCACUUUUAAUUCUGCUACAAAGGAGAGAGGUUGUGUGGACAACAUGUCAGGAAUACCAACAAAUAAAACGUCCUUCUUUCAUUCAGACUAUGAACAUACAACUCUGCCUGCUGUUUACAUCUUUGUUUUUAUCAUUGGUCUGGGAGCUAAUGGAUGGGCGGUGAGGUCCUUGCUGCAGAAAUGGAAAAUUCUUGGACACAUUAAUGUGUUUCUUCUGAACCUUGAAAUUGCCAAUUUUUUGUUCCUGCCAACACUUCCAUUUUUAACAGCCUACUACUUUAUGGGGAAUAAAUGGAUCUUUGGAGAUGCCUUCUGCAAGAUCACAAGAUUCUGCUUCAACUUGAAUUUAUACGGCAGCAUUGGAUUUCUUACCUGUAUAAGUGUGUACAGGUACCUGGCUAUUGUCCAUCCAAUGAGGGUGAUGGGAAGAAUAACCGUCACUUUCUCUGUAGCUAUCUCAGUUGUGGUUUGGCUGUUGGUGAGUGUUCAAAGUCUUCCAGAUAUGUUCUACCCAAAAACCUCCGCAAACAACACUGAUACAAAUAAAACUGAAAAAUGUCACCAUACCACCACUACAAAGUAUGUUGAGAAUUACCUGAAAUACAGUGUGGGUUGGACAUUGACUGGGUUUGUUAUCCCACUCCUUAUCUUACUUGGCUGCUAUGGACAUGUGACUCUUGUUCUCUGCCGCAAAAAUACCAUUAAUAAGGUGGUGAAACAAAGAAGCUUAAGGUUGUUGUUCAUUUUGAUUUUGCUCUUCUCGGUUUGUUACAUCCCCUAUCAUAUUUUUAAGAACCUCAGCCUUUAUUCAAGAGUUUUGAUAAAACACAGGAUGCGUCCAAAAUGGGAUGAGGGAGUCUUUGGUGCUCAUCAGAUCAGUCGUGGUCUUGUGUGUCUGAAUAGUGUUUUGAACCCCCUGGUUUACCUCCAUGUCAUGGAUAUUUCUGCUCAGCUCCAACAGCUGCUUCAGCGGUUUCGUCAGACAUUUACUCGUUUGUUUGUGUCAGAAUACGGCAGCGUGCCCGUGGAACAAACUGUAAGCACAACAGUGUCUUAACAGUAAUUGCGGACCAUGACUUUGUCUUUUAGAGUUGAGUGUAAAGACUGCUUUAUGCAGGGGCGAUUUUAGCCCAAAGAUUUCUUACUUUUCCAACAAUAUUUGCUGCUUGUGUGAGACACUACUAAAAAUGUAAAAAGCAUACAUUACUUGGUUGAGACGUAACAUUUUAACAACAAAAGUAUAGACCCCCUCCCUCCCAA